GAAAGUGUGUGGUAACCAUGGUGAUGGUGACGAGUCUUGUUUGUCUUCUGAGAGACAAGACCGGCGUGUCGUCUGCACCAGUGGAACCUGAAUCAGAAGGAGAGCUCCAGAUUGCUAAAAAGAUUGGGGAACUCGACACCAAUCUGAAGAAUAUACGAGAGACAAUGACUGCUUUCAAAGACAUGCUGAGUGGCCUUGACAAACGAUUCCUUGCACUUGACAGCCGAGUACUCUCCCUGGAGAGUAAGUACAAGGAGAACCAGGUGGAAGAACUGAGGGAGAACUUUCUGGAACGACUGGACAAUAUGGACAUUUCCUUGCAAGUCAUCAGGGAGGACGUUCGGGUCUUUAAGGAGUUAGACGCCAAGAUUCUGGCUCUAGAAGAAAGGCAAGACGGGUUGGAGGCGCGUCUCGCUGCAACCAACGAGAACUUAGAAACGGCCGUCAACGCUUCCAUCGAGCGCGCAGAUGUGGUAGAAAAGGUGGAUUCUAUCGUUUUGAGAGUGGAAAGUCUGGAAAACAAGACCGUCACCAGAGCCCAACUGCACGAGGAUUUGGUGGUCUUUAAGUGGAUGGGUCCUAAGAUUCUGGCUCUAGACGAAAGGCAAGACGGGUUGGAGGCGGGUCUCGAUGCAACCAACGAGAACUUAUUAGAAGCGGCCGUCAACGCUUCCAUCGAGCGCUCAGAGGUGCAAGGAACGGUGGAUUCUAUCGUUUUGAGAGUGGAAAGCCUGGAGAACAAGACCGUCAGCAGAGCUCAGCUGCACGAGGACUUGCUUGUCUUUAAGUGGAUGGGUCCUAAGAUUUUGGCUUUAGACGAAGGGCACGACAAUUUAACGGCGGCUCUUGCGAAAACCAGCGAGAACUUAUUAGAAGUGGCCGUCAACGCUUCCAUCGAGCGCGCAGAUGUGGUAGAAAUGGUGGAUUCUGUCGUUUUGAGGGUGGAAAGCCUGGAGAACAAGACCGUCAGCAGAGUCCAACUGCACGAGGACCUGAUAUCGACAUGUAGUACAUGUGCAGCAACUUCCAUUUCCACAGAGCUUAUGGCGGAAAUCAUGAGCACGGUGGAGAGUCGAUUCGGAGAGUCAAGCGGACCAGCAGCAGAGUCAAACGAAACAUUAGAGUCAGGCGGACAACAAGAAGGGUCUGACGGAGCACAAGAAGAGUCAAACGAAGAACAAGAAGAGUCAAGUGGAGCAGUUGACGAGUCUGUAGAUAUCCGUCUCGUAGGUGGAUCGGACUCUCACGAGGGGAGAGUUGAGGUGUUGUACGACGGUCAGUGGGGGACGAUCUGUGAUGAUGGGAUGGACAUUUUUGACGCAAGAGUAGUUUGCCGUCAGCUGGGCUACCCGGGUGCACACGGAGCGAAAUACGCCGCCUUCUUCGGCGAAGGCUCGGGGCCGAUAUGGAUGGAUGAUGUGAGCUGUACCGGCAGCGAGACGAGCAUAUCCCAAUGUAGCCACGCAGGAUGGGGCGUUCAUAACUGUGGACACCAUGAGGAUGUCGGGGUUAUCUGUAUACAGAAAAAUUGCCAAGUGGGAAACGGAGAAUCUUACCGAGGAACAGUCUCUGUGACCGCCACAGGCAAGACGUGUCAGCGUUGGGACAAUCAGACAGUCCAUUGGAGCGGCCAUACACCUGAGAAUUACCCAUCAUCCGGACUGGAGCAGAACUACUGCCGGAAUCCGGACGGUGAUUCAGGAGUGUGGUGCUACACCACGGAUCCCAACACAAGAUGGCAUUACUGUGACGUACCAGUAUGUGCAAAUUGUCAGGCGGUAGAUCCGGCAUCGUACCGAGGAACAGUCUCUGUGACCGAAACAGGCAAGACGUGUCAGCGUUGGGACAGUGGUAGACACCCCUAUACACAUGGGAAUUACCCGUCAUCCGGACUGGAACAGAACUACUGCCGGAAUCCGGACGGCGAACCCAGAGUUUGGUGCUUCACCACGGAAUCCACCUUGUCAUGGGAGUAUUGUGACGUACUAUUAUGUGAAAAUGAAAUUUCUCCGACAUUGGAAGCUGUUUCCGGGGGGACACUUAUCGGCGGGGGAACCUAUGGGUGCAACCACGACUACAUGUACGGUGAGAAUCAGCCGUGGUGGACGGUGGACCUGGGAGGCAACUACACUGUCAGUCGGAUCAGCCUUCUCAACAGGGCUGACUGCUGUAAGGUGUCUGACACUGCUAGGACGUGGCGGGAAGAUCUGCGUUGCAGACGGGAUUUCCAAGCGGAGGACGGCAGCCCGGCAGAAUGCAACCCUGACAGUCUUUGGGGAUGCUGCUCCGAGUCCUCCUGGUGCGGCUACACCACAGACCACUGUGACUGUUAUUAUUGUAUAGACUACAGGAGCAAAGGUGUACGGCUGGCAUCGAAUCCGUCGUGGGUUGUGGACUCCACGGGCAGACUACGUGAUGCUGCAAACGCCUUGGAUGGGAACAUAAGGACCUACUGGAACAGCGAAGAUACUCCCCGGUACCACAACAACUGGUACAUCAUCCUGGACCUCCGAGCGCCCACGACUCUGAUCCGCAUCGGAGUCAACAACUACGGAGACACCACCCAUGACACUGCCGCCUUCAGACUGCAGAAGUCUCUGGUUGGAGCUCCGUACAGCUGGGAGGAUGUCACGUCCGUCUAUAACGUGCAGGCCGGGACGGACCAGAGCCAAGUGUUCGGCGAAUUCCGAGAAACAGCUCGGUAUUGGAAGUUUGUGGUCACUCGGACUCACGAAGGCUACCAGCCAUGGCUCUCAGAACUGAACCUAUACAGAAUCUCUGCAGCCCAGAGGCAACAGAACUUCAUGGUGCGAGUCGGCCCGAGCCUGGAGGAGAGAUCCCGUCUGAACGAGCAGUGCGGAGAGGCCUACAUGGACACUCCGCUAGAUGGGCAGACCAUCGAGGUGGCCUGCGACCCGCCGAUUUCCGGGCGGUAUGUGUCCAUACUGCUGGUGGAACCGUCGGACGCCUUAACACUGUGUGAGGUGGAGGUCUACGGUACCAGUUGA